AUGUUUAAUAUUGCGGCAAAUGUAUCUGAAUAUCCCGAAUUUGUACCGUGGUGUCAAGGUGCCAGUGUUAAAAAACAUUCACCAAAUUUGUUCACUGCUCGGCUUCAGAUUGGUUUUCCACCUGUUUGUGAAACGUAUACAUCUCGAGUUUCGAUCGUAAAGCCAACUAUGGUCCGAUCUGUAUGUACCGAUAAAACACUAUUCAAAACACUGGAAUCGACAUGGCAAUUCAGUGCAAGUCAAGCUAAUAAUACUCGUUCUUGUACUCUGAUCUUUAGCCUUGCUUUUGAAUUUCACUCAGUAUUUCAUACCUUUCUUGCACAUCACUUUUUUGAUCAUGUUGUAGAAAGUAUGGUUGUUGCAUUCUUAAAAAGAGCUGAAACCAAAUAUGGUCCACCAUCCUUUGAUCAUUACAAAAACUUUAAGGUUCUAAAAAAAGUUCGAUAA